CCAAGGGAAGCAGUGGACAUUGGAUUAAAAUGGCAAAAAUGCCAAUGAUUUGGGUUUUUUCCCUUCUAUUGGUCUUUGUGGCGUGGCCUGACGCCCUGGCCGAGGGCAAUAGCUGUUCAGCCUCCACCCUGGACGCCCGUCGCUUCUUUGAGCAUGAAAAUGAGUUGCUGCGCCAGCGCUACCACGAGGAAUACCUGGCCGCGUACACCUACAACACCAAUGUGACCGAUGAGAAUCGCCAGGCCAUGAUUGCUGUCUAUGCACGAAACGCUGUACAAAAUAAGCAGCUGGCCGAGAAAAUCAAGGCCUCCGACUACAAACUGUCCGAGGAUGCAGACAUACGCAGGCAGGCACUCCACCUAUCCAAGAUGGGAGCAUCUGCCCUCGAUCCUGAGGAUUAUCUAGCCCUGCAGAAUGCCAUCAGCUCCAUGCAGUCGAAUUACGCCACCACCAAUGUGUGCUCCUAUACGAACCGCAGCGACUGCUCGCUGACGCUGGAGCCGCAUAUUCAGGAGCGUCUCUCGAAUAGCCGAGAUCCUUCAGAGCUGGCCUGGUACUGGCGCGAGUGGCACGACAAGGCUGGCACCACACAGAAAGAGAACUUUGCCGAAUACGUCCGACUCACACGCAAGGCGGCCCAUCUAAAUGAUCAUCGUUCGUAUGCCGAUUACUGGGUGCAGUUCUAUGAGGAUGCCGACUUUGAGCGACAACUGGAUGCGAGUUUCAAGCAGCUGCUACCCUUCUACAGGCAGAUCCAUGGCUAUGUGAGGUACCGACUGCGUCAGCAUUAUGGCGAGGAUGUGGUACCCGCAGAGGGCAACUUACCUAUGCAUCUGCUGGGCAACAUGUGGGGUCAGUCGUGGAACGAAGUCAUUGAUCUCUUCACGCCGUAUCCGGAGAAACCUUUUGUGGACAUCAAGGCCGAAAUGGUGCAACAGAACUACACGGUGCUGAAGCUAUUCGAGCUGGGCGACCAGUACUUCCAGUCUUUGGGCAUGCGUGCCUUGCCGCCGAGUUUCUGGAACCUCAGUUUGCUUACCCGACCCGAUGAUCGUCAAGUGGUUUGUCACGCCUCCGCCUGGGACUUCUAUCAAGACAGCGAUGUGAGGAUCAAAAUGUGCACAGAGGUGGACACGCACUACUUCUUUGUGGUGCACCAUGAACUGGGACACAUUCAGUACUAUCUGCAGUACGAACAGCAGCCGGCUGUCUUCAGGGGUGCACCCAAUCCUGGCUUUCACGAGGCUGUGGGCGAUGUCAUCGCCUUGUCGGUGAUGUCUGCGAAGCAUUUGAAGAGCAUUGGCCUGACCGACAACGGGCGACUGGACGAGAAGAGUCGCAUCAACGAGCUGUUCAAGCAGGCCCUCUCGAAGAUUGUGUUCCUACCCUUUGGCUAUACCAUGGACAAAUAUCGGUAUGCUGUUUUCCGCAACGAAAUCGAGGAGCCGCAAUGGAACUGCGGCUUCUGGCAAAUGAGAUCCGAAUACGGUGGCGUUGAGCCGCCUGUGUCACGCACGGACAAGGACUUUGAUCCGCCGGCCAAGUAUCACAUCGAUGCGGAUGUCGAGUAUCUGCGCUACUUUGCCGCCCACAUCUUUCAGUUCCAGUUCCACAAGGCCCUCUGCAGCCUGGCCGGCCAGUAUGCGCCCAACGAUAGUCGCCGCACCCUGGACAAUUGCGACAUAUUUGGCAGCAAGGAGGCAGGACGAGCAUUGAGCAAGUUCCUGUCGCACGGCAGCUCGCUGCACUGGAAGGUGGCUCUGCAGGAGUUUACAGGCGAAACGGAAAUGGACACGUCCGCCCUCUUGGAGUACUUUGAUCCGCUCUAUCAGUGGCUCAAGCAGGAGAACAGUCGACUGGGCGUACCCUUGGGCUGGAGCGAGACGAACAAGAUCCCCUCCGACUGCUGUGGCCAGUUUAGCACUUAAGAACAUUUAGACUUGACAAAAAUCAGCUUUGUAAUUAAUUAUAUGACACCAAAUCCAAUUGAUAUUUAAAUUGAUAUUUAUUGUAUCGAUUCGUUCGUUCGUAUCGUUUUCCAUUUCGUUUCCAUUACUAUUCAAUUUUCCAUUACAUAAUACACUUUAUAACGAUAUCAUUCAUCAUCAACAUCCUCUACUUCUACCCAUACUAUCCUUUCCAUCGCUUGUUGCAUUCAGAAAACAAUAAGAUUAAUUUUAUAUAAAUUAAUUGUUUGUGUCGUCUCAUUUUGCAAUUAAAAAACAUUUAUCCCACACCACACAAUGUUGUAUAUAUGUUUCGCAUUUCAGUGUAAAUUUUCGAUAUUAUGCUUGCAUUUUUUGUACACAGCAUUUAUAAGCUUACAAAAGUUCAUCUCAAAGUUGUAUAUUGGAUGAGCUAAAAUCUUUGAAUAGCUUGGCUUAUAAGCGAUCAUCGAGUUUUCCAUUUAAAGAAUGUUCUCUCAGAGGAAUUAAAUGAAUAAUUUAGUUUUUAUAAGGCUUUGAUCUUGAAAAUGAAAUAUAAUUACAAAUGCAUACUCC